CUUAUCUUCUCCACUCUCCCACACACUACCCUUCCAGUAAUGGCUUCGAAACUCAUCCUCUUCCUCUCCGUCUUCUUGCUUUCCUUCUCCUCCCUCUACCUAUCCAUUAAUGCAGCUCGCUCUGAGCAUGAGAUCAAGCUCCUUUAUGAGGGUUGGCUGGUUGAAAACCAUAAGAACUACAAUGACCUCUUUGAGAAGGAAAAGAGGUACAACAUCUUCAAAGAUAACCUCAAGUACAUUGAUGAGCACAAUGCCGGCAAUCACUCAUACACUCUCACACUCACGUCUUUCGCUGAUCUCACCAAUGAUGAGUAUCGGAAUAUGUAUCUAGGAUUUCAAUCGGUUCAACGGGAGAACAUGGACUUCAAGGAGAGUAAUAGGUAUCUCUUUAAUGGUGAUGAAACACUGCCUGAUUCCAUUGAUUGGAGAGACAUGGGAGCUGUUGUUGGUGUCAAGAACCAACUCAAAUGUGGUAGUUGUUGGGCAUUCUCUGCAAUUGCAGCAAUAGAAGGGCUGAACAAGAUUGUUACAGGAACCUUGAUAUCAUUAUCAGAACAAGAGUUAGUAGAUUGUGUUAGAAAGAGUUGUCAAGGUUGGUUGAUGACCAAAGCUUUUGAGUUCAUCAAAAAAAAUGGUGGCAUUGAUACUGAGGAGGACUAUCCAUACAGAGGUUAUUAUGCACGAUGCAAUAGGAAUAAGCUAAGAAGAACAGUUGUUUCCAUUGAUGGGUAUGAGAAUGUUCCUAGCUCUAGUGAGGAUAGCAUGAAGAAGGCUGUUGCCCAUCAACCAAUCAGUGUUGCAAUCGAUUCUAGUUCAGAUGACUUCAGAUUUUACCAAUCGGGUAUAUACAAAGGAAGUUGUGGGACAAAAUUAGAUCAUGGUGUCACUUUAGUAGGUUAUGGGAGUGAAAAUGGUGAUGAUUACUGGAUCAUUAAAAACUCAUGGGGAGAAAAAUGGGGAGAGAAUGGAUACGUAAGAAUUCAACGUAAUUCUGGUACUGCAGAAGGCAAAUGUGGCAUUGCUUUACUACCUAGUUAUCCUGUGAAGAACAACUACAACCUGCUUGAGGAGAAGGCACUGAAAAACACUCAUGGAGAAUGGUCUAAAACUGAGGCUGAAGGCAAGAUGGCCACUGCAUGAGAAGAUAUAUAAUUAUGUGGAAAAUAAAAGAGGUGGUGCUUAUUAGUAAUAUCGUAUGGGUUAUGUUGCCCACCUUAUGUUAUUUUCUCAUGUCCUUAUCUAUUUUGAGUGUUUGCGUCAAAUAAAAUCACAUCAAAAGCUUACGCUUUGAUGAUCAUUAUUUGAAAAAAUUAA